AUCUACACUGCUUGAGUCAAACUAUGCCCUCCGCUUGUUCUUAUCCUUUAACCUUCGGAGACUUUUGUUGAGAGCAGUGGAUCUACGAUUAAUAAUCUGCCCUUUGAACCCAACCAUUUAUCAGCAACGAUUUCAUCAUUCUCGGCAUACCGAGGUACUAGCGAGGUAUUUAGGUCAGGAUCUAGGGAUAGAUUCAAAGUCUCUCUUAUCAACUUACCCUACCUUCCUACUUCAGAAGUGUAUCUAUUUUCCCCGCCCAUCUUUCCUCAGCACGGUUUCAACGAAUAAAAUGGCGUCCGCGGUCAUCAACCAAAUUGCUAUCCUUACUCCUAAGGAGGGAAAGUUUGACGAACUCGCCGCUGAACUGGCCAACAUCACCCGGAACGUGCAAGAACACGAGCCCGAGACGCUGGUGUAUUAUGCUUAUGCCGAUGCCAAGAAGGAAGAGAUCAUUGUCGUUGAGAGAUAUGUGAACCAAGCUGCCUCGGACAAGCACCGGGCUGCACCUUACUUCCAGGAUCUCAUCAAGAAGGCCCCUGAGCUGCUAGGCAAACCAUUGGAACUCAAGGUUGGCAAUGAGUUGCUCCAGGAAUCUGCACAAGUUGUCCGAGUGUAGGAUAUGAGCUUGUCUGUUCUUUAUAUAGUUUGAUGACAUAAUUACAUAUGACUUCUUUGGAUUGAGUGUCUUCUCUAUAAGCAUUAGGCUCGAUGUAUGUCUGCAUCAGUCGAAAAGCUCCUUUAGAGAGGCUGAG